UCAUUUCCGUUUCCUGCUCGCCUCCGGUGCCAUGGCGACCGCGAGAGGACUGAGGCAUCUGCUGACAUGUAGCAGAUGGCGCCGCGGCCGUGGAGAAGCUCCCCAGUCUCGCGCGCUCGCCGCCGUCGUGCCGGGCGUAUCCCAGGUCGAUAACAAUUCCGAUUUUCUGGGGAAGAGGCCCCAUCGCCGGCACCCCGGCGUCUUGCAGCUGCCAUGCGUAGAGGUGCCGCCUGCCCUGGCUGCCGCUGCGCAGUUCCUGCUGCUCGAGAGCUCGAUGCCCAAUGUGGAGAAGCAGGCGCAAGCACUGGCCAAUUACCUGUGGAGCCGGCGUUUACCUGUAGAGCCGGAGGAGUUGCAAAGACGGGCUGUACAUCUUGAGGAAAAAUUCCUGGAAAACCCAGACUUAUUUCAGGUGAAGGAGAAACUUCGUGAAGCAGUGCUGCGAACCCUGCGCAAAACUACAUACCAUUGGCAAGAACUGAGCUACAAUGAGAGCCUAAGCCUGGUGUAUAUGGCAGCAAGACUGGAUGGUGGCUUUGCAGCAGUCUCCAGGGCAUUCCAUGAGAUCCGGGCUCGAGUUCCAGAGUUCCAGCCCCAAACCUUAAUGGACUUUGGCUCAGGUACUGGUUCUGUCACUUGGGCUGCUCAUAGUGCUUGGGGCCAGAGCCUACGUGAAUAUGUGUGUGUGGACAGCUCAGCUGCUAUGUUGGUUUUGGCAGAAAAGCUACUGAAAGGUGGUUCAGAAUCUGGGGAGCCUUAUGUUCCAGGUGUCUUCUUCAGACAGUUUCUACCUGUAUCACCCAAGGUACAGUUCGAUGUGGUGGUAUCAGCCUUCUCCCUAAGUGAGCUUCCCAGCAAGGCUGACCGCACUGAGCUAGUUCAGACCCUGUGGCGCAAGACGAGUCAUUUUCUGAUACUGGUAGAGAGUGGAACAAAAGCUGGACACUGCCUUCUCAUGGAUGCCAGGGACCUGGUCCUUAAGGGAAAAGAGAAGUCACCUUUGGACCCUCGACCUGGCUUUGUCUUUGCCCCAUGUCCACAUGAACUUCCUUGUCCCCAGUUGACAGCCUCUAAGCCCCUGGCCUGUAGCUUUUCUCAGGCUUACCACUGCAUCCCCUUCAGCUGGAACAAGAAGAAGCAAAAAGAGGAAAAGUUCUCGAUGGUAAUUCUUGCCCGGGGGUCUCCAGAGGAGGCUGAUCGCUGGCCCCGUAUCACUCAGCCUGUCCUUAAACGGCCUCGCCAUGUGCAUUGUCACCUGUGCUGUCCAGAUGGGCAUAUGCAGCAUGCUGUGAUCACAGCCCGCCAGCAUGGCAGGGAUUUGUAUCGCUGUGCUCGUGUCAGCUCCUGGGGAGAUCUUUUACCUGUGAUCACGCCUUCAGAGUCCGAGCUUCCUCUGUCCCCUGCUGAAGACCCCCCUAGGAGUUGACAAGGAGGCGUUAAUAAGAAAAUAAGUAUUUUCUUAUUUUAGGCCUGCCAAGGCUGAAGCUCCCUGGUAUCCAGGGUGGGAGUGCUGGUAGCCCUAUGUAUAUGUUUGUUUGAGGCUUUAAUAAUAAUAAAAAGUUUUCAAAGAAU